AUGGGUCGUGGUCAAGCAGCAGUUGAUGAAGUGGACCGUCGCCGACAGGAACAGCUUCGCGAUUGGGAUGCCUGGAGAGCUGAGCGCCAAAGGGAACUGCAAGCCGCUUGGAAUGAGCAGCGUGAGGAGGAUGACAAUCGAGAGGAAGGUGUGGCUGAAAAUGAAGGGCAAGAAGAAGGGGAUGGAGAGCAAAGUAGUGACAUGGGGGAGGGUCAGCAGCGAGACCGUCAGGAAUCGGGAGAACGUGGUGAUCGGGAUGAGGGAGAAGGUGAUGAGAAUGAAAUGCAGGAAGAAGGAAACGAUGAACAGGUUGACGGUGAGGGUGAACGAGAUGCUGAACAGGAGGAUGGAGGGGAAAAUGAACAAGAUGUAGAACAGCAGCGUGAAGGUGGUUGGACUGUGUGGAACACGAGACGAGGUCAGCGAACCGGAGGUCGUCAGCAGGAGCGCCAGGAGAGAAGACAGGAAGGUCAGCAGGAACGUCGGCAGGAAGGUCGGCAGGAAGGACGACAGCAAGGACGACAGGAAGGACGACAGAAAGGUCGUCAAGAAGGAAGACAGGAAGGACGACAGGAAGGACGACAGGAAGGACAACAGGAAGGACGACAGCAAGGACGACAGGAAGGACGACAGGAAGGACGACAGGAAGGACGACAGGAAGGACGACAGGAAGGACGACAGGAAGGACGACAGGAAGGACGACAGGAAGGACGACAGGAAGGACGACAGGAAGGACGACAGAAUGGUCGUCAGGAAGGACGACAGAAUGGUCGUCAGGAAGGUCGUCAGGAAGGUCGUCAGAACGGCAAACAGGGAGGUCGUCAGGAGAAUCGUCAACAGGAAACUCGUGACGAGAGGCGGCAAGGAGGUACCCGAGACGAUCGUCAGGAUGGACGCCAAGGAAGUCGUCAGCAGGGACAACAGGGUGCUCGUCAGGAAGGAAGACAAGGUGGCCGUCAGGAAGCAGGCCGUGAAGAACAACAGCAAAAAGGUCAGCAGGAAGGGCGUCAGGAGAUUCUAUCAGAAAGAUUAGGUAAACAGGGUGGCCGUCAGGAAAGCCGACAAGGAGAUAAUCAGAAGAAUGGUCAAGAAAGUCGUCAGGGGGAACGACAAGCAGCUAAUGCAAAAGUCCAGCAAGUAGGACGCCAACAAGAACGACAAGGUGCUCGUCAAAAUGGCCAACAAGAAGGUAAUCAAGGUGGACGUCAAAAUGAACGUCAAAAUCAAGGUCAAGCAGAACGACCAGGAAAUCAACAACAGAACCGCAAUGAAGGUAGACAACAGGGACGCCAAAGAGGAAAUCAGGAAGCAGUUGUCCUUCCCAAUUACGAAUUCGCAUACGGAGUUUAUGACCCCAAAACCGGAGAUCAUAAAGAUCAGUGGGAGAAGCGCGUUGGUGAUCACGUAAAAGGUGUCUACUCUUUGAACCAACCUGACGGCAAGAAACGGGUUGUACACUACGAAGGCGAUGCCAAACGAGGAAUCGAGGCAGAUGUCAAACAGGUCGAGAAGAAAGGUGACCGUCGCGAGCAAACCAAUGGAGUAGCUCACAGUUACAACAAGCUGAAGAAAAUCAACUAA